AUGGGUCUUAUUUCCAAGAGAGUUUAUAAAGGUGGCUUCCAUGUGCUCGGGAUCAUUCCCAAGGCUUUGAUGCCAAUUGAGAUAUCUGGUGAGAGUGUUGGAAAUGUAAGAGUGGUUGCAGACAUGCACGAACGAAAAGAUGCAAUGGCACAAGAAGCUGAGGCCUUCAUUGCCCUCACUGGAGGUUAUGGAACAAUGGAGGAGGUGCUGGAGAUGAUAACAUGGUUUGUCUAUUUAAUAUUGAUGGGUACUAUAACAGUUUGCUUGCUUUUGUUUGACACUGGCGUUGAAGAAGGUUUUAUUAAACCUGGUGCACGUAACAUUGUGGUUUCUGCUCCAGCAGCCAAAGAGCUUAUGGAGAAGAUGGAGGGAGUGAGUCAGUCAAUCUAUGGUGGCACAUUUCCUGAUGAAAAUUUUAAAGUAAAGCAAUCACAUGCAGCGAUGGCUAAUACAAGACCUGAUUCUAAUGGCUCACAGUUCUUUAUCAUACUGUCAAGGCUAGCUGGGAUGGACUAUGUGUUCGCCAUUGAAGGUGGAGCUGGUACUUACAGUGGCAAACCAAGGAAUAAAGUAGUGAUUGCUGAUUCCAGAGAGAUCCCUAAAGACAAAUAG